AUGUUCAAGAUCCAAAUACGAUCGCCUGGAGGGCUUGGUGAUAAAAGGGCCCCUUCGUUCGGCGAUUCUUGGGAAGUACUAAAAAAUGCGAUGUGGAUGAUUUAUGACGGGCGUGUCAGCGAGCUUUCUUUCGAGGUCCUUUUCAAUGUGGUGUACACCUUGACACUCCGUAAGCAGGGAGCCGAGCUGUAUGAAAAGAUUGGUAGGUUUUUCGAAGAAAAGCUCCACGAGCUCAAGAUUUCAGCUUUCGAGACCUCUUCAACAAAUGUACUAUCGACGCUAUUGCAAGUAUGGGAUAAGCAUUGCGAGUCUCUUCGAUUGAUUAGCGACAUAACGAUGUAUCUUGAUAAGGUCUACUGCAAGGAGAACCGCAGGCAACUUAUCUACGACAUGGGACUUGAGAAAUUUCGAGAUAUCAUUCUGAAGGCUUCAAAAGGUGAAGUGCACAGCCAGAUGGGAAAAGAAAUCAACAAUGCUAGACUUGGGUCCGAAACAGUUGACUUUCAAGCUCUAAAAUCUUUGAUUGCAAUGAUGGAGACUCUUACGGAUAUAAGCGACACUUACUAUCUUACAGAGUUUGAGCCUUCCUUACUGCAGGAUACUAGAGAUUUCUACCGGAACUUUAUUACGAACUAUACUGGUGAAGCUAUCUCGUAUCCAAAAGAAGUCCAAGUACUUUUGGAUAAAGAGCGGGAAGUGGAUGCCAAAUUUUUGAAUCAGGACAUAAUGAUCAAACUCUCGACGGUUGUCGAAGGUAUACUGAUUUCAGACAACAUUCAGUUUGUCACAGAGCAGGUUGUUUCCGAACUACUGCGAAAAGACUUGCACUCUGAUUUGAGACUGAUGUUUAGCUUAUCUCGUGCCCCCCAGGACAAGAAACGGCUGUGGAAGCAGUGUUCUCAAUACAUUUCAGGUGAGGGGAUGUCUAUUACAGGAGACUUAACGCUAAAGAAGAGAACCCAGGCAGCAGUUAAAUGGACUUCAGAACUAAUUGACAUGAAAAAAAAGUACGAGCUGGUUUUGAGGGACAUAGCAGACGACGACUCGAUCGACAUCAAGGCAGUCAAUGAAGCUUUUGCCGUGAUAUUGAGCCAUAAUGGGAAAAGAAAUGCUGACUUCUUGGCAACGUACUUAGACUCUCUACUGCGGUCAUCGGCGGCUGAGGACUUGACAAAAUUGCAAAUGGAAGAGGCUAUAGCGAUGUUCAAACUCUUAAGAGAUAAGGAUGUUUUCGAAAAGUUGUACCUGCAGCAACUCUCCAAACGUCUCUUACAGCAGCGCUCGCCCAUAAAGCUGGAGAAACAUCUGGUUAAUCGUAUGAAGGAAGAGGUUGGCGGGUCUUUUACGUUAAAGCCAGAGGGUAUGUUUAGAGACAUCUCUGUAUCACAGGUCAACAACACGAGGUUCCAUCAAUCAUACCAGGUUCCAUAUGCAUACGAUAUGAGCGUACUUACAUGGACUUGCUGGCCGUUUCAGCAGACGAGUAACGAGAAACAAAUUAUUUUACCAGCUGCGCUUGAAGGCUUGAAACUGGAUUAUGAAAACUAUUAUAUGAAAACUUACAGUGGGAGGGUCCUCACUUGGGCCUACCACCUUGGGUCUCUAGAUAUCGGGUUUCAAUUCAAAAAAAGUUAUCACAUCAUUACAAUGCCGAUUUAUGCCGCCAUAAUUUUUAUGCUCUUCGAGAAUCACGAAGAAUUGACCACUCAAGAUAUGAGCGACCUCACUAAUAUCCCGGAAAAUGAGUUAAUCAGAAACCUCUUAACACUAGCCAUUGCUCCAAAAACGAGACUUCUGAAAAAGCAGCCUAUGAGUAAAAAGGUUCUUCCCUCUGACAAAUUUCGUAUCAAUCACUCAUUCUCGUCACCCACUACAAAAGUGAAAGUUCUUGCUGUUUUGAGUAAAUCUGAGUCAGAGACGCAAGCAACAUCGAAUAAUGAUAGCCCCACAGCAGAAAUUUUGGGUGAACGCAGACAAUGUGUCGAAGCCGCGAUUGUAAGGGUACUGAAACGCAACCAAAAGUUGUAUUCCGAUCAACUGUUUGAGAAAGUACGAGAAUCUGUCACAUCACGAUUUCAGCUCGACCCAGGCACUUUUCAUAAAAGUGUGGAUAGACUUGUCGAGCGAGAAUAUAUGCAGAGGGAUCCUGACGAUAGCAGUUUCUAUCACUAUCUCCCGUAG